GAAGAUGGCGACUUCGAACAAUCCGCGGAAAUUCAGCGAGAAGAUCGCGCUGCACAACCAAAAGCAGGCGGAGGAGACGGCGGCCUUCGAGGAGGUCAUGAAGGACUUAAGCCUGACGCGGGCCGCGCGGCUUCAGCUCCAGAAGUCCCAGUACCUGCAGUUGGGCCCCAGCCGCGGCCAGUACUAUGGCGGGUCCCUCCCCAACGUGAACCAGAUUGGGAGUGGUACUGUGGACCUGCCCUUCCAGCCUGGCGGAUUUCUGGGGGAGGCCCUGGCAGCGGCUCCUGUCUCUAUGACACCCUUCCAGUCCUCGGGCCUGGACACCAGCCGCACCACUCGGCACCACGGGCUGGUGGACAGAGUGUACCGAGAGCGUGGCCGGCUUGGCUCCCCACACCGCAGGCCCCUGUCAGUGGACAAGCAUGGACGACAGGCUGACAGCUGCCCAUAUGGCACCGUGUACCUAUCGCCACCUGCGGACACCAGCUGGAGAAGGACCAAUUCUGACUCUGCCCUGCACCAGAGCACAAUGACGCCCACCCAACCAGAGCCCUUCACAGGAGGGUCCCAGGACACGCACCAGAAAAGAGUGUUAUUGCUAACAGUCCCGGGCAUGGAGGAGGCCACAUCUGAGACAGACAAGAACCUUCCCAAGCAGGUGUGGGACACCAAGAAGACAGGGUCCAGGCCCAAGUCCUGUGAGGUUCCCGGAAUCAAUAUCUUCCCAUCUGCUGACCAGGAAAACACUACAGCCCUGAUCCCCGCCACCCACAACACAGGGGGCUCCCUGCCUGACCUGACCAACAUCCACUUCCCCUCACCCCUCCCGACCCCGCUGGACCCCGAGGAGCCCACCUUCCCCGCGCUCAGCAGCUCCAGCAGCACUGGCAACCUCGCCACCAACCUGACGCACCUGGGCAUCGGCGGUGCCCCCCAGGGGAUGAGCACGCCUGGCUCCUCUCCACAGCACCACCCGGCCGGCGUGAGCCCACUGUCCCUAAGCUCGGAGGCCAGGAGGCCACAGGCACAGCAGGUGUCGCCCAGCCUCUCCCCACUGUCGCCCAUCACUCAGGCCGUGGCCAUGGAUGCCCUGUCUCUGGAGCAGCAGCUGCCCUACGCCUUCUUCACCCAGGCGGGCUCCCAGCAGCCACCACCGCAACCCCAGCCCCCACCGCCACCACCACCCGCAUCCCAGCAGCAGCCACCCCCACCUCCCCCACAGGUGCCCGUGGGGCUCCCCCCGGGUGGCCCCCUGAUGCCGAGUGCCAGCCUGACACGGGGGCCCCAGCUACCCCCGCUUGUGGUCACGGUACCGCCCUCUCUCCCCCAGUCACCCCCAGAGAACCCAGGCCAGCCACAGAUGGGGAUCGACAUCACCUCGGCCCCAGCUCUGCAGCAGUACCGCACGAGUGCUGGCUCCCCAGCCAACCAGUCUCCCACCUCUCCCGUCUCCAAUCAAGGCUUCUCCCCUGGGAGCUCCCCGCAACACUCCUCCACCCUGGGCGGCGUGUUUGGGGACUCGUACUAUGAGCAGCAGAUGGCGGCCAGGCAGGCCAAUGCUCUGUCCCACCAGCUGGAGCAGUUCAACAUGAUGGAGAACGCCAUCAGCUCCAGUAGCCUGUACAGCCCGGGCUCGACACUUAACUACUCACAGGCAGCCAUGAUGGGCCUCACAGGUAGCCAUGGGAGCCUGCCGGACACGCAGCCGCUUGGCUACCCAAGCCACAGCAGCAUCCCCAACAUUAUCCUCACAGUGACAGGAGAGUCUCCUCCCAGCCUCUCUAAAGAACUGACCAGUUCACUGGCCGGGGUCGGUGAUGUCAGCUUCGACUCGGACAACCACUUCCCCUUGGACGAACUCAAGAUCGACCCCCUCACCCUGGAUGGGCUGCACAUGCUCAACGACCCUGACAUGGUCCUGGCUGACCCGGCCACUGAGGACACCUUCCGGAUGGAUCGGCUGUGAGCAGCACGCUGCCCCGCCAGGCACUCUGCCACCCCGCCGGUCAGUGGUCCCGACGGUGUCUCCCCGGGACGGCUGCUCCGUCCCUGCACACGGCCGCGCUUGUCAUUCUGAGCUUGCAAUGCUGCCAAGCGCCCCCACCUGCCCACCCCCGGUCGUCCGCCUCCUGCGUGAGGCUGCGCGUCGCCCCCGUGGACCCUCCCUGCUCGCUGUUGCCCUUGCCUGGGCCACAAGUUGUCCCCCGUGAGAUGCGGAACGUGUGUGGGACAGGGGUGCGUGAGCCGUGCCGCCGCUGGCGGAGGUGCAUUUUCCGACUGUUGUCAGCUGUCACUGCCUUCCUUCGUCCCAGACCCCGCCCGUCCUCCCCUUCCCCAGCCUGUGGUUAGGUGGAGAGCCAGCCCCACCCUGCCGAAGGGAGAAGGCGCCUGCGAUAGGGGGUGACACCAAGCAAAAUAAACACUAUUUUGACUGCUGUCUUUUAUAUUUCUGAGCACACACGUGAUGUAGAACCCGCCCUGGAGGCAGAGGGCGAAGGCGUGAAGGAGCAUGCCAGCAGCUCACCCGGCCCUGGGCUGUACACGCGCAGCCACCCCUUGCGCACCCAAACACGUCCCUCACGGCCGCUUUUCUGGGAACAUCCCAGCCAGCUGAAGGGCCUGCUGGGGCCGCACGUGAAGGCAGGGGUUCUUUUGGGGGGUUUCAUGAUUCUGUUGCCGCCUUCCCUUCUCUGUACUGUGGUCCCCUUAACUGUUAUUUAAGGAAAGGGGGUGGGGGGGUGGCCAGGGCUUUUU